AAUUGAAAGAGAUGAGCCCCGGCGAGCUGAAAUAAAUUGUAAUCAAAAUGAAAGAAAUCAGGCUAGGCGAGAACUUAAUAGGUAUAAUAUGCAUCGCAUAGCAAGAAAUAAUAUUGCUAUAGAGAGUAACUACCUCGGAGAAUUAAACCAUAAUUGUCAGUAUUGCAGUGCAAAGAAGUUUUUAAAUGAAACUCAUUUUUUGUGCUGCCAUUCAGGAAAAGUUGCAUUAGCUCCUCUUUCUCUUUAUCCGCCAUUGUUGACUGGUUUAAUGACAGGAAACCAUGUUGAUCAUGCUGUAAAUCAAAAUUUUUUUCAACACAUAAGGAGUUAUAAUUCCUCUUUAUCUUUUGCUUCCUUCACUGCCGAAAUAGCUCCUCCCUCAAAUAAUGGCCCUUUAUGUUUUAGGGUCUGUGGGCAAAUUUUGCAUUGUGUUGGAAAUUUAAGGCCUGCAGAAGGUUGUCUGCCCAAAUAUUGUCAGCUGUAUAUCUAUGAUCCUAAUGCAGCAGUGUCAUUCAGAAUGGAACAACCUGGUAAUGAUGGUUGUAUACAUGAGUUAAUGCAACUCUUGCAAACAUUAAUUAAUCAAGAAAACCCAUUUGCAUUUGAAAAACAUGGCAGAAGUAGAGGAUGAAGAAAUCCGCCAAGCAGCUUUAGAAGGUAGACCAACCUCUGUUGUAAGAAUGUCUUUGCUUGAAGGUCAUGAUAGACGUCGAUACAAUCUUCCUUCCCAUGAGGAAGUUGCUAUUGUGUUUGUGGGAGAUGAUGGUGCUCCACCUGCAUCCAGGGAAAUUGUUAUAUACCCUCGAGGUCAGCCUUUAAGAACAAUUUCGUCUAUGUCUGCAAAUUUGGAUCCUUUGGUAUAUCCAAUAUUCUUCCCGAGAGGUGAUGCUGGAUGGCACAAUCAACUAGAGCACAACCCUGACCGUGCAACCCGUGUUAGAAACCAUGUUACUUUGUCUCAGUAUUAUAAUUAUAGGCUUGCUGUUAGACAAACUUUUAGUCCUAUAUUCUAUGGUAAGAAACUUUUUCAGCAAUAUGUUGUUGAUGCAUAUGUCAAAGUUGAGGGACAGCGCCUUGCUUUUAUUAGAAAUAACCAAAACAAACUUAGAAGUGAGCAAUAUGAUGCAUUGCAUGAACAUGUAAUUAAUCGUGCUAAUGAUCUUAAUGUAAGACCAGGCUGUGUUGUUAUAUUGCCUUCUUCAUAUGUUGGUAGUCCAAGAGCAUUAAAAGAAAACUUUGAAGAUGCGAUGGCAGUCAUAAAGAAAUAUGGUAAACCAGAUCUAUUCAUUACUUUUACCUGCAAUCCAAAAUGGAGAGAAAUAGUAGAAAAUUUAAACCCAGGCCAAACUGCUAAUGACAGACCUGAUUUAGUUUGUCGGGUAUUUAAAAUGAAACUUAAAUUUUUCUUAGAGGAUAUUUUUAAGCAUGGAGUCUUAGGCAAAGUUGUAAGUCAUGUGCAGGUUAUUGAGUUUCAAAAGCGUGGUUUGCCACAUGUACAUAUUUUAUUGCACUUUGUAAAUGCUGAUAAGCUAGAAACAGCAGAAGAUAUUGAUAGUUUGAUAUCAGCAGAAAUCCCAGACCCAGCUGUUGAUCCUGAACUUUUUGAAAUUAUAAAAUCAUGCAUGAUACAUGGACCAUGUGGAAUUUUAAAUCCCAAUUCUCCCUGCAUGAAAGAUGGUAAAUGCACAAAAAAAUUUCCUAAGGAAUUUAAUCCCCACACUGUUGCAAUUUUUAAUGGUUAUCCACGCUAUAGGCGCGUCGAUAAUGGAAGAAUUGUAAAUAUAAAAGGUAAUCAAGUUGACAACCGUUGGGUUGUACCUUAUAACCCAUGGCUUUCUAAAAAAUAUCAAGCACACAUAAAUGUUGAAGCCUGCAUGACCAUAAAGUCAGUUAAGUAUUUAUAUAAGUACAUUUACAAAGGGCAUGACUGUGCCAAUGUGGUGAUAAAUGAGCAAGUUAACCAUGAUGAAAUAAACACGUUUUUAAAUUGUCGCUAUGUCUCAGCUCCAGAAUCAUUGUGGCGAAUAUUUGAGUAUUCUUUAAGUGAUAUGUCACAUAACAUCAUUCGACUUCAGGUUCAUCUGCCAGAUAAUCAGAUGAUAUAUUUUGUAGAAGGCGAAGAACAGGCAGCUUUAGACCGUGCAGCACAGCGUGACACUCACCUAACUGCAUGGUUUAAAUUAAAUGUUGAAAAUGAACAAGCCCUUCACUAUCCAUAUGUUGAAAUUCCUUACCACUUUGUUUUUGAUAGCAAACAUUGUAAAUGGAAAGUUAGGCAAAGAGGUAGCAAUAAGGUGAUUGUUAGGAUGUAUAAAGUGAGUCCAAUAGGUGAAAUAUUUUAUCUUAGAAUGUUACUUUUGCAUGUUAGAGGUGCAGUUUCUUUUGAAGAUUUGCGUACUGUUAAUGGUACAGUUUUUAAUACAUUCCGAGAAGCAUGUUCUCAAUUAGGUCUGUUACAAGACGACGCUGAAUGGAGAAAUACAUUAACUGAGGCUGCUGCAACUCGGUUGCCAAAUCAAAUUAGACAGUUGUUUUCCAUUAUUUUGACUUUCUGUGAACCUGAUGAUCCAUUAAAUCUUUGGAAUGCCUUUAAAGAUUUUAUGAUGGAGGAUUACAUUCACCAUUCCAUGCCACCAAUAAUUGCUGAGCAGGCAGCUUUGCGUCAAAUUGAAUCUAUAAUUAAUCAGAAUGGUAAGACUUUAGCUGAUGUUAAUCUUCCUACUUUAGAUGAGUUUUUAGAUUAUGUCCCACAAAAUGAAGAGGAAGAUGUUCAGGUUUUAAUUGAUGAAGCAAAUAGGGUUAGACCAUUGUUAAAUGAUAAUCAGCGUCAAAUUGCUGAUGCUAUCCUUUCUGCUCUUAGUGAGCAACCUAACAAUGAAAACAAGCAGUCUAGAUUGUUUUUUAUGGAUGGCCCUGCAGGUUGUGGUAAAACAUUUACAUACAAUUAUUUAAUCGCUGAAACCAGCAGUAGACAUAUUAUAACUGCAACAGCUGCAUGGACAGGAAUAGCUGCAACUCUUUUAAAAAAAGGAUGUACACUUCAUGGUUUGUUCAAACUUCCUGUGCCGAUUUUGGAAAAUAGCACAUGCAAUGUAACUCCAAAUUCUAUACACGGAAAAUUCUUGAGGCAAGUUAGCCUUUAUUUACUAGAUGAGGCAUCCAUGAUACCUAAACAUGCUUUAAAUGCCAUUGAUAAGUUACUUCAAGACGUUUGCAAUAACAAGUUUCCUUUCGGUGGUAAAGUUAUUCUUAUGGGUGGGGAUUUUAGGCAAAUACUUCCGGUUGUAAAGAGAGGGCAACCAAGUCCCCUCUUCUGUUACAACUGCUGCUUCUUCUGUUACAAGCUCGAAGUCAUGGGAAGAAUUCAGAAAGUAUCGCUCCCAGCAUCCAGGCCCUCUAUCUAUGAGGGCCUUCCAUCGCUGGUGUUUGUAUGGGGACGACCAUCCCUCCUUUAGAUGGAGGGAUGGCACCCCAUACAACACAGGGAAUAGAGCGGAUGCUGGGAGGAGAAGACAACGUGGCGCAAAAGUUGUCAAUAGUUUUUUUACAUAUUA